AAGUUAACAAAAUAAGUUACACAGUUACGCCGGUGCAGCAAGGGUGGGGCAUCUGAACCAGCUCAGGGGAAAGGGGAAGUUUAAGCAGAGAGAGGGGGAGGUUUGCUUAACUUGAGGGACACACACAUCCUUCAACUCAUCUUCCAACCCAAGAUCCCAAGUCAGUAAACUCCACUGAAGAAGAAGGGAAGCACUAACAAGACCAAACAUGUCGCAGCAGGAGAACAUGGCUUUGGUGUUAGCCUGUGGAGAGUUGAAACUGGAAAAACGUCCAGUUCCAGAACUCUGCCCUGGCGACGUCCUGCUGAAGAUGGGUUUUGUUGGGAUCUGUAGUACGGAUGUCCAUUUCUGGUCAGAAGGAAAAUUUGGGGAUUGGGUUGUCAAGAAACCCCUUGUUCUUGGGCACGAAGCCUCAGGGACUGUGGUUAAAGUGUCCUGUGGUGUGAACCAUCUUAAAGCAGGUGACAAGGUUACUAUUGAACCCAUCGUCCCCAGGGAGAAUGAUGAAUAUGUUAGAAUUGGGCGCUACAACCUGUCCCCAACAUGCUUCAUGGCUGGCUUUCCUCCUGAUGAUGGGGCUAUGUGCCGAUAUUAUGUCCAUAAAGCCAACUACUGUUACAAACUUCCUGAAUGUGUGUGCUUAGAAGAAGGUGCAUUAGUUGAGCCUCUCUGUGUCGCGCUUCAUGCCUGUCAAAGAGGGCGAGUGAAAGUAGGUCAAAAGGUUUUCAUCUGUGGAGCCGGGCCAAUUGGACUGUUGACUCUACUUGUCUGCAAAGCCAUAGGAGUGACUCUGAUUGUGGUUUGCGGCCUUUUGUGGGCUGAAGUGAUUUUAAAAGGACGCAGAUUGACCGGAAAUGGCUGCAAUGAUUAUGUGACCACAGACUGCAUCAGAAACUCAAGCUGUGAAGCCAUCGCGUGCAACAUUAACAUUGGUCACUGUCUGCUCAGGUGGCACACUGCAAUCGCCCUGUUAGCUUCAAAGAAGGUGGAUGUCAAACCUCUGAUCACUCAUCGUUUUGGACUGGAGCAGGCCCAGGAAGGAUUUGAAUGCGUGAAGAAGGGAGCUGGAAUCAAAGCGGUCAUCAAUUGUGAACAGCAGCAGUGCCCAUCGCUGUGCCCACAGAACCAAUGCGGCCAACAACAAUCACAGUGCCAGACAAGACAGUGUCCCCAGCACAGCUUCUUCUGAUUGUUUGGUUUGCACAAUUACAGUUUUGACCACUGUAAAAGUAACAUCACCCAGCCAAUUGACCUUCUGCAAUAAACACUGUGUAUAA